CACUUCCUGGUUGUUGCUUAUCAUAUCAUGUUAUUCAAGCCAUUGCCUCCCAGGCUGUUUGUGUUGAAUAUCUAACUUUGAACAGAGAUGGCUGCAAUUCGCAGUUACACAGAAACGGACGUCAAUAACCUGGUGGAUCUUCCUAGUGGUAUUGCCUUCUGUAUUCAGCACAACAUUGAAUAUGAUGACCUGGAAAACGUGGAUGAGAUUAAGGAAAGGGCAAGAAGAAAUCUCCUUGGGAGAAUUGCUCCUGAUUGCAGGACUGAGAUGCAAGAGAAGUUCAGAGGUUUCACAGCAAGAGAUGCUGGGCUUCGGACACUACACUGCAGUGUUUAUGAAGAACUGCUGCAUUUCUUCUCUCUUGAACAAUGCACAGAUGAUGUAAUCCAGUUGGUUAACAUGGCUGUUCCAUACUGUGAAGACAAAAUUGUUCAAAAUUAUAACCGAUUCAAGGAUAAUGGUUGUCCCAUACUUGUGGCAGGUGAAAGUGGGGCUGGGAAAAGCAGCUUUUUAAAUCUCUUGAUUGGCUCGAAGAUAAACCCAGUCGAUGACAGCUUGAAUGCAACUUCGACCAUCUGUGAACUGCAUAACGACGACAAUAAAGCUGAUGCUGAGAUCACAUAUGGCCCACAUCACCCGGAGAUAAACAAAGGAAAGAAUCGGGAGAUUCUAAGCCUUGAUAUUCAGAAUCCUGAAUCUGCUCAAAAGCUGCUGCAGAGGUACACCAUUGGACAGGAUCGGACAAGGAGAAUCUAUGACUUGAUCAAAAUACACUGGCCUAUUCCAAUGCUUCAGGGGAAGGUGUUCUUGGUGGAUAGUCCUGGUGUUGGUGAGAGUAAAGCUAUGUCAGAAAAGGUAUUGAGUUACCUUCCAAAGGCAGCUGCGUUUAUCUACAUUAUCAAUUGCAGCAUCAAUGGAGGAGGGAUUUCAGAAGGACGGCUUGAGGUUCUUCUGGAGCCAGUGACCAAUCAAAAGGAUGUCGAGGAACUUCAGGUGUUCAAUCCAGAGUCGGCCAUAUUUGUUCUCAAUCAAUGGGACGAAGUUGAAAACAGUGCGAGGGAGAACGUUCGAAGGCGCAAUAUCAAUAAGCUCAAGAGACUCUGGCCUGGGCUUAAGGAGGAAAAACAGGUUUACUGUUUGUCAGUAAAGGAGGCUCAAAAGAAGUUGGACAUGGGAGGUGGAGAAACAAGGGAGUACAAGGCACUAUUAGAUGGCCUGUAUCACUUCAUGGAGACAAGCCUCAAUCUCACUAUUGAUAACCAUCACAGGUGGCUGAGUUUCGUUCACGGUAGGCUUCUGAAUAUUGUUCAGACAAACUUCACCAGUGCGAAGAGAACCAGACAUCAAAAUGCAAUGUUGGGUAAAGAAACAAAGGAAAAAUUGGACCAACUUAAAGAGGAGGCAGAUAAUGUCAUUGGAACAUUGGAAGAGAAACUGAAGACAAAAAUGGAUGAAAUAGCUGCUGCGGUAGUUGCUCAUUUAGUUGACGAUGCAACUGUGGAACGUCUGGCAGUGGAAUGUUACAUGCUCGAUGACCAUGAGACUGCAGACGAAAUGAGUGAGAAUGAGAGCUGGUGCAACGAGUACAUUGUGAAGGUGAUAACAGAAGAAGUACGUGUAUGGGAAUCAGACAAAAGGUUGAUUGAAAAUUCAAAAUCCGAACUGAUUGCCGAGUUCAAAAGGAGCUUCUACAGAGUGGGAAGUAUGUUGCAGGAGAUUGAAGGAGGGAUGCAGGGAACUGCAUCAAGUGGGACAAACACUACACCUCUGUUCAUCAAACCAGGCAGUCCCGGUCAGGGGCUAUCAUUUACCUCCACAGAGAAGCUGGUUAUGGGACUGACUGCACCUGUGUGGUUGCCACUGGCUGUAAUAACAUUGACAAUAUCCCUACCUAUCUUAGCAACAAUAGCAUUGCAUGACAUUAUCACACAACACCAAGAACUGGUGAGUUACAAAAGGGACAGGAUGCCUUUUAUAAGGAGGUGGACACGUGCAGCAGUGGAGGGCCUAACAGCAGAGAUGAUCAAGGAGCAGGUUGUGAAGAAGCGGAUGAUGCAGAUCGGUGAACAGCUUGAGCACUUCAAGGGACAGAUCCCACAGAUUAUCGAUGCAGAUGUGAAGCUGAUGGAGAAAGUAGAACGUGAGAUGAGGAAGCAGGCUGACAUUGAAGGACAGUACAGUCCACUGCACAAACAGUUGAAGAAAAGCUUCGGGAAAUUACAGUACAUCAAGUUAAAGUUUCUUCAAGAGGAGGAGCCGGACUUCUAUCCCGAUUCUGCCAUCGCCGUUAAGGAAAAACUUGGUGGCGGGUCAUUCGGUGAAGUGUAUGUAGUUUCCCUUAUAAGAAGAGGAGAGACAGAACCAUGUAGAGUUGCAGCUAAGGUGAUGAAGGAUGAGCUCACUGAGAGAACAUCGGUUGAGUUUACACAGGAGCGAGACAUCCUCAAGUCGCUCAGCCAUGAGAACAUCAUCCAGUACAUAGGUACAUCUAUCAAUAACGACAACAGAUUCGUCCUUCUGAUUGAGUUGUGCAGGUGCACCCUCGCAUAUGAAAUCUUUGGAGGCAAGGUGCCAGUCCCAGGGAAGCAGACAGAUCAGGAGGAGUUUGUACUGGCUUUCAAGGAGAUGGUGGACCGAUCCCGCCAGAUUGCCAAUGGUUUGGUGUUCAUCCACAACAAAAAAUUUGUGCAUCGGGAUGUAAAGAUGUCAAACAUAUUGGUGACUGAUACAGGUGUUCUCAAACUGAGUGACAUGGGGCAGGCCAAACCUGAGUCUAGCAUCACCGGCACAUUCCGAGGCACACGGUUCUACCGCGAUCCAGAAGUUUUACGCGGCGGUCUAGCCACACAGCAAGCAGACAUCUACAGCCUCGCUAUCAUCAUGUACCAACUAUGGUUUGGAUUCAUCGUGUAUAGUGACGUCUUUGCUGCACAUUUAACCGACUUGGAGGCAGUUGAAGAAGAAAUUCGUCGAGGAGAACUUAAACCACAUUUUGAUGUCUCAGGCUAUCGACACCCAAUACCCGAGUGGUGCCAACUCCUGGAGGACAGCUGGCGAGACAAGACAGCUGCUGACCAAUCACCUAAGCGUAACACUAGUCAACAAAUUUAUGAAAGUUUGGGGAAAAUGCUCACGGUUGAGUUCAUCACAGAGAAGGUUCAGCCGUACGUGAUGGCUGUGGAUGUCUCUCAGCACAUUGAUAGUGCUGGGAGAGAGGAAUCAUCACCCUACUUUUUCUGAGAGGACACAAGAACACCGAUGCAGAUUGGAGAAGCCAGAUAAUCUGAUUAGGAUUAAGUGUCUCCCCGACUUCUUACUUCAGAGGGGUGAAAGGGCGUCCUCAGUCUCAACAGAGAAGUGUUGUGACACCAAGUAUUCUGUGCCAUUUAUAAAUAAUCACAAUAAUACUCUACUAUUCCGAACUGUGAUAACUGUUAUCUCUACCACAAAUGUGACCCGUCACAGCAAAACUAGGCGCUUGUCGCUCUGAGCUUGGCAGGUUGAGACGGACUGUUUGUUCAUUUCUCUAUUGUCUGCCUUUUGUGAAAUAUGAGCACAUAGAUUUCUUCCAUUAUCUCUUGGUGUCAUUUAGGCUCAUCUUCUGUGCGACAUGCGCCUGGUUUAGCUGUGACGGGUCACAAAUGCAGCACACAUUCAAGGAGUAAAGUGGAAUCGUAUCACAUUGGAUUCCCUCUAGUUCCAGUGCUUGUAAUAAUGUCAUACUUCGGUAUUGUAUUAGCAGACAAUCUUCUCUUGUAAGAUGUAUGAGAUAAUCUAAUGUGCUAAUCUAAAGUGUUGAGAAACUCGCAUGUAGUCCAAAAUUUGGUUGAGAUUAAUGGCAGACUUUUAUUG